AUCAAUAACAGAAUAACACGUUGAAAACAGAUUCAGAUUGUGUGUUAGGACCAUUUUCAACAAAUAACUUAUUAUAGAAUUAUAAGUAGUUAAAUAUUUUAAUUGUUUAUUUAAAUUUCAUAUGUUUUGCAACAAAGUUCCAACAUAAUAUUGUGUAAGUCCCGCUAAUGUUAAGUAAAAUGUGAUAAGUUAUUGAUAUUUAUUUGAGAGAUCUGAUUUAGGCUACUCAAUCAUAAUAAAUUACUUAAUUAUUUAUCAUUUCGAUCAUCAAUGAUCACUUUUCGUUAACAAAGACUGUUUAUCCUAUGCUACUUGGAAUUAUUAGUGGCAUCCUUUAGGCUUAGGUACCAUUACCACAAUUUUUCAUACCAGCGUUGUUAAAACCAGAAAGUCUACCUCCAACCAGCAAAUUAAAGUAUUGUGUUCUGUUUUGUGGUAAUGAUUUCAAAAGAAGAUAACUCGUCAUUGUUAUGUCAUAUACUGAAUUGGAACAUGGUUAUCAAGGAUUGCGAAGAGCAAGGCCAUCAUUUUAUGUAGGGGAAGAUGCAACAAGUAUAAGAUUGGUGAAAAAUAGGUUUUGAUUUUCUAAACAUUUGCACGUUAAUGAUGGGUGAUUUCACACACAUUCCUGAUGUUUAUGUAUUCGAUGUUGACAACUCUGCUGAACCUUAUUGGCAAACGGGCGAUCUGAGCGAACUGCACGAUGACGAUAUCUGCGUUGAUGAGGGCAAACAGGUGGUGGUGGGGGUUUGUGCCAUGGCUAAGAAGUCGCAGUCCAAACCCAUGAAGGAAAUCCUAACACGCAUGGAAGAGUUUGAAUACAUCAAAAUGAUAGUUUUUCCUGAAGAAGUCAUUUUACAGAAACCUGUUGAAGAAUGGCCAAUGUGUGAUUGUUUAAUAUCAUUCCAUUCAAAAGGGAUUUCCAUUGGAAAAGGCUAUUUCAGUAUGCCAUGCUUCGGAACCCAUUUAUUAUCAAUAAUCUGGACAUGCAAUAUGAUAUACAGAUCACUUACGCAAAUCCGCAACAGACAUCUUAAACUUAAACCCUCCCUCCUUACUCCUAAAGAUGACAUUUUCCUCAGCACGGACAAUAGACAAUAG